GUUGGUUCCCUCUUAACUCCUCCUUUAUAUGAACUUCUAAACCCAUCCUUUCGUCUCAACAUUUUCUUAAUUAGAAACAGAAAAUCACUAUUUUUUUUUUUUUUGAAAUUCAUCCUCAUAAGGAAAAGAGAAAGAAAAGCGAGAAAUGAGUCCUACACAAUUUCAUGAUAGUGGAAGCAGAUCAGAUCAGCUGUGCCCGACUGCAUUGAAGAUCAAGAAGGAUUCUCAUUUCAUCAGCAAGUCAUCACCUUUGUUAUCGUCGACGUCCUCGUCGUCCACCGUCAGCGUAGUGGGCUCUACCAAGCCACAGCAACACCGCCAUCCGGUGAUCAUCUACACCCACUCUCCCAAGGUCAUCCACACGCACCCUAGGGAUUUCAUGGCGCUGGUGCAGAAGCUCACCGGUCUAUCAAGCAAGGAUGCGGUGGAGCAAACAUCGUCACAGAGAAAACCCGAAAACGCCAAUUCUUCGCCAGAGGAUGAUGUUAAGAAUUCCAAGAACAGCGGUAACGGUGAUAUUGAACCGUCCUUGGUGAGUACUAGGGAUAAUGAGAACUGUGAUGGGCAAAUGAAUUCAUGUUUUUUGCCUCCAAUUUGCUUCGAUACUCCUCCUCCUCCUCCAGGUUCUUUCUUAACAAACGCUCCGGCAGUGUUCAUGCCAAACUCUGGAGAUUUGUUAUGCACGAAGACUUUUUAUAAUUACGCUGAUUCAUUCUAUUUAGCACCAAAUAUGACGACGACACUUUCUUCAUCUUCUGCCUUGGAUGACAUGAACGCGUUUCCGAAUUACUGAGUUCUUCUGUGCUUCUUUUUUUUUUUUUUUUCCUUAAUAAAUUUUGGAAUAAGUUGUCUACAAAUUUUUCUUUUUUUUUUUUAAGAUAGAAAUUUAAUUUAUUUUUUGUGCUGAAUAACGGCUUUUCUUCGUGUCAGGAAUAAAAUUUUACUUUAGAC